UGUCUGCAUGUUUCUUACUCAGAUUACUCUCUUACCAAACCCAUCCCUUUUUUCUUUUCUUUGGAUGAUUCACUGACAAAUUACUGAGUGAACUGUGCUGGUGAUCUUCACUCUGGAUACCAAGGUGAGGAGAUAAUAAAGGAGGGAAGCAAUCAAGGAAGAGGAAAAGGAGACAUUCCACUACAGCCCCUGUGGAGCUGCAGCAGGGACGAGCCUACUGGCUGUGAUUUCUAGUCAGGAAAGGCAGAGGAGCGAGGAGAACGCAGGAAUGGGUUAUCUGAGGGGUCUCCUUCAGCUUUUGAUAUUCCUCUAUGCAGCAGGAGUGUGUGCAGGUGUGAAUGGCGCAAAGGUCAGCAACGUGUCAUCGCAAAUCUGUCGUCAUCCGUGUGAGGACCUGGUUGGCUUGCUCACUGAGAUCCAUGGCCUGCGUGUUGUGACCAACAACCUGCUCGAAGACUUGGAUAGAGUAUCCAAAGAAAAUGAAGAGAUGCGGAUAUCUUUGGAUGAGCUCAGUAACAGACACGGCAGUGGUACCGGCAGUGGCAAUGGGAAAGGCAAUGGGAGAGGCAACAGGAACGGCAGCAGCCAUGGCCGUGGCAACAGCAAUGGCAAUGGCAGGGGCAAUGGCAAUAGCAAUGGGAACGGCAAUGGCAACAGCAGCAACAGCAGCCACGGCCAUGGCCACAGCAACGGCAAUGGCAGGGGCAAUGGCAAUGGGAACGGCAAUGGCAACAGCAGCAGCAGCAGCCACGGCAGUGGCCACAGCAACGGCAGUGGCCACAGCAACGGCAGUGGCAGAGGAUAUGGCAACGGCAAUGGCAGCAGCAGCAGCCACGGCCGUGACCGCAGCAAUGGCAGUGGCAACAGCAGCGGCAGUGGCAAUGGUAAUGGCAACAGCAGUGGCAUCAGCAGCAGCAUCAGAAGCAGCCGCAAAGGUGGUGAUGGUGACAGCAGUGACAAUAAUCUUGACAGAGACAGAGACAGUGAGGCAUGGUGCGUGCAGGAUGGACGAGUGUACGAGCAGGGGGAGGACUGGGAGGUUGACAGCUGCACCUCCUGUACUUGCCAGGAUGGAAAGGUGGUUUGUCAACAGGUGUCAUGUGCUCCUGUGUCCUGCAUCAAUCCGUCUUUUCUCGAUGGAAGUUGCUGUCCUGUCUGUCUUAAUGAUGAAGAUGGCUGGUCCCCAUGGUCUGAGUGGACCCACUGCUCCGCCACCUGUGGACGUGGAGGGCAGCAAAGGGGUCGAUCCUGCAAUGGCAUCAUGCCGUCCUGCUCUGGCCCGUCAGUCCAAACCCGCAGCUGCAUGAUGAUGAAGUGUGACCGCAAGGCGCGUGCUGACGGGAACUGGGGCCUUUGGUCUCCUUGGUCUGCAUGUACAACCACAUGUGGAGAAGGAAACAUUACACGGGUCCGUCUGUGCAACAAUCCUCCACCACAGAAGGGGGGCAAGGGGUGCACAGGUAGCACCAUGGAGACACAACCUUGCAACAACACGCUCUGCCCAAUUGCUGGAGGCUGGACGGCCUGGACUGAAUGGUCAGUCUGUUCAGAGACAUGUAACGGGGGCCUCAUGAGUCGCCAGCGAGAGUGUGUGAACCCCGCCCCUCAGAAUGGCGGGAAGCCUUGUGCUGGAGAUGCUGUGGACUAUGAUGGAUGUAACAAACAACCAUGUCCUUUAGAUAUGUGCUUGCUUUCAAAUCCUUGUUUUCCUGGGGUUAAAUGCACAACGCAUCGCGAUGGAUCAUGGGAAUGUGGACGCUGCCCGUUGGGUUUCAGUGGCAACGGCACUCAUUGUGAAGAUGAGAAUGAGUGUGAAGUGGAGGGAGUGUGUGUUACACAGUGCAUAAACACAGACCCUGGAUUCUACUGCCUGCCCUGUCCACCGCGCUAUAAAGGCACUCAACCGUAUGGCCUCGGUCUGGAUGAAGCCCUGAAAACCAGGCAGGUGUGUGAACCGUACAACCCUUGCAAAGACAACACACACACUUGCCACAAGUAUGCUGAGUGUAUAUACCUUGGCCUGGCGUCUGAGGUCUUGUACAAGUGUGUGUGUGCGGUGGGGUUUGCUGGCGAUGGCUCCCUGUGUGGUGAGGACUCUGAUCUGGAUGGCUGGCCCAAUAAUAGAUUACCCUGCAAGCAGAAUGCCACCUAUCACUGUGAAAAGGAUAAUUGCCCCAUGCUGCCAAACUCUGGACAGGAAGACCUGGAUGCGGACGGACAGGGCGAUGCCUGUGACCCUGAUGAUGACAAUGAUGGCAUCACAGACGAAAGGGACAAUUGCCCGCUGAUGUACAACCCUCGGCAGUUUGAUUCUGACAGGGAUGGGGUUGGGGACAGCUGCGACAACUGUCCAUUUGAAAGCAACCCUAUGCAGACAGACACUGAUAACAAUGGAGAGGGAGACGCCUGCAGCAUCGACAUAGAUGGAGACGAGGUUCUGAAUGACCGGGACAACUGUCCUCUAGUCUACAACACCGACCAGAGGGACACAGACCUGGAUGGUGUCGGAGACCAGUGUGACAACUGUCCACUUCUACAUAACCCAGACCAGCUUGACUCUGACAGUGACCUGGUGGGAGACAUGUGCGACGACAAUGAGGACAUCGAUGAGGACGGCCACCAAAACACUCUAGACAACUGCCCCUAUAUUGCCAACAGCAAUCAGGCUGACCACGACAAAGAUGGAAAGGGAGAUGCUUGUGACCAUGACGACGACAAUGACGGUAUCCCUGAUGACCGUGACAACUGCAGACUGGUACCCAACAGGGACCAGCUAGACUCUGAUGGUGAUGGCAGUGGAGAUGCAUGCUUUGAUGACUUUGACAAUGACAGUAUUCCAGAUGCGUUGGAUCCCUGUCCCCUGAACCAGGAUAUUGGGUCUACAGAUUUCCGGAAGUUUCAGGUUGUUUUGUUGGACCCUAAAGGCACCACGCAGUCUGACCCCCUCUGGGUCAUCCGCAGCCAGGGUACAGAGCUGCUGCAGAUUGCCAACUCUGACCCCGGGAUCGCUUUAGGAUACGAUAAGUUCAGCGCCGUGGACUUCAGUGUCACAUUUUAUGUAAAUACCAACCGAGAUGACGACUACGCAGGGAUUGUGUUUGCCUAUCAGUCCAGUCAACGCUUCUACGUUGUCAUGUGGAAACAGGUGUCUCAGGCCUACUGGGAGAAAAAGCCAACCAAAGCUUUCGGCACUGCUGGAGUCUCAAUCAAACUGGUCAACUCAAACACAGGACCAGGAGAGUAUCUGCGCAAUGCUCUGUGGCACACAGGAAACACUAGACACCAGGUCAGAACUUUGUGGCACGACCCCAAUAAAAUUGGCUGGAAGGACUACACACCCUACCGCAUGCACCUUAUCCACCGACCCAAGACUGGGUUUAUCAGGGUGGUGGUGUACGAGGGCAGGGACAUUUUGUCUGACUCGGGGGCCGUGUAUGACCACACCCUGGCUGGAGGCAGACUGGGACUGUUUGUGUUCUCUCAGGAACAUGUUAUCUUCUCAGACCUCAGAUAUGAGUGUAGAGGUAAGACAUCCUGCUAA